AUGCAGAUUGCUAGGCGACUUCCUUAUACUAUCUCCGAACAAGUAUUUAGCGAAACAUCCAAUCUUUUGCGGGGUGGGUCAAAUAUUAGGCGGCGUGGAAGGUCAUUUGUUGCUGCAUCUGUUCCUCUUGAUACACCAAAAGCUAAAAAAGUUCGGAAAAGGGUGUCCAAAGAUGAAAGACAAGCGAUGGUGGAAUCUUUUGUUAACAAGACUAAUUCCAAUCCUUCCAAGCAUGAAAAUAUGAAGCGAGUAGCGGCGAUGGAUGGCAACACCGAUGAUGACAAUUCACAAGGCAUGCUGGUAGCAACAUUCUUUUGUGACAAUGAUUCCGACUACGAAACAAUGACGAUGGGUUGCUAUAUUCAGACGAAUCAGAUCAUAUUUUACAAACACUGCCGAAGAUAA